AUGGCAAACAAUAACAAUGUAUUCACAGUUCCUGGAGCCGCCAAAACCAAAUUAACACGCGCUGGCAAACGUACUGCAGCAGCUGAGAAAGCAGACAGAAAGUUAAGACGCCGGCAGAGGUAUGUGGAAAAAGAUGGCCGGUGUAAUGUCCAACAUGGAAACGUCAGGGAAACCUAUCGAUAUCUAACAGACAUUUUCACCACCCUAGUUGACCUGAAGUGGAGAGUUAGCCUUCUGGUUUUUAUCCUUGCAUAUGCCAUCACAUGGCUUUUUUUUGGUGUCAUCUGGUGGUUUAUUGCUUACUGUCGUGGGGACCUGGAUCAUCUUGAAGACCAAACAUGGACGCCCUGUGUAAACAACCUCAAUGGAUUUGUUUCCGCUUUCCUUUUCUCUAUUGAGACAGAGACCACAAUUGGCUAUGGAUACAGGGUAAUUACAGAUAAAUGUCCUGAAGGCAUUGUGUUGCUUCUACUCCAAGCCAUUCUGGGUUCCAUGGUUAAUGCCUUUAUGGUGGGUUGUAUGUUUGUAAAAAUCUCCCAGCCCAAUAAGAGGGCUGAAACACUUGUGUUCUCUUCACAUGCAGUAAUUUCCCAAAGGGACGACAAACUCUGCCUCAUGUUUCGAGUAGGAGACCUGCGCAAUUCACAUAUUGUGGAGGCCUCUAUCAGAGCCAAGCUCAUCAAAUCUAAACAGACCCAGGAGGGGGAAUUCAUCCCGUUAAAUCAGACAGAUAUCAAUGUGGGAUUUGAAACAGGAGAUGAUCGUCUCUUCCUUGUCUCGCCCCUCAUUAUAAGCCAUGAAAUAAAUGAGAACAGUCCCUUUUGGGAGAUAUCCAAGCAACAACUGGCAAAGGAUGACUUUGAGAUUGUGGUGAUACUGGAAGGCAUGGUGGAAGCUACAGGGAUGACCUGUCAGGCCAGGAGCUCUUAUCUGAUGGAUGAGGUGCUUUGGGGACAUCGUUUUAUGACUGUGCUAAGUCUUGAGGAUGGAUUCUACGAGGUAGACUACAACACUUUCCAUCAGACUUUUGAAGUCCCUACCCCAAUUUGCAGUGCCAGAGAAAUGGCUGAGGCUUCUGCUCGGAUGGAUGCCCACUUGUAUUGGUCAAUCCCUAGCCAAUUAGAUGAGAAGGUGGAAGAAGGAACAGAAAAAGAAGAUAUUAUAAAGGAGAGAAAUGGGAGCUUGAACAGCCCCGAAAAUGAGCAGGUGCUCGUGGAGUGA